AAAAUUUGGAUAUAUGUAUUUCAUUAUUGUUACAAAAUUGAUAGUAUAGAAAACAUGAAUGGUUUUGCUUUUAUAUAUAGAUUGAAUUGAACUGCGCACGCCGAUAAAUUGAAUUGAAGCAUUCAAUGCGGUUGAGUUACAAAAUUCAAUAUAAAUAUUUUCCUUUUCUCUAAAUAUCCACCAAACAUUUUAUAGAAAAAGAAUGGAGAAGAAAGAGAUGGAGGUUGUAAAAGGAGUAGACUUGGCGAGGUAUAUGGGUCGUUGGUACGAGAUAGCUUCUGUGCCAUCAUUUUUUCAGGGCGAUGGCGAGGACACAAGAGCAACCUAUACUCUUAACAAUGAUGGGACUGUUCAUGUUCUUAAUGAGACUUGGAAUAAUGGAAAAAGAAACUACAUAGAGGGAUCUGCUUAUAAGGCUGACCCCAACAGUGAUGAGGCUAAGCUCAAAGUCAAAUUCACUGUGCCUCCAUUCUUACCAAUCUUUCCUGUUGUUGGAAAUUAUUGGAUUUUGUAUCUUGAUCAAAAUUAUCACCAUGCUCUCAUUGGCGAGCCUACUAGGAAUUAUCUUUGGAUAUUAUGCAGGAAUACCCAUUUAGAUGAAAAAAUAUACAACGAGCUUGUUGAGAAAGCUAUAGAAGAAGGGUAUGAUGUGAGCAAAUUGCAUAAGACUCCACAGAGUGAUCCUCCACCUGUCUAACAAGGUCCUCAAGACACCAAAGGAACUUGGUGAUUCAAAUAUCUUUUUGGGAAAUAAAUAAAUAAAUAAAUAUGUUUGGUUAUGAACAAUAUUAAUCGGCCUAAAGAAGUUUAAUUUCGUGUCAUAAGUUAAGUGUUCAAAGACUCUAAUAUUUAGAACAAUUUAGUUUGUAUUUAUGUAAAUUGUACUAAUGUAUGUAUGUGUUAUCUUGUUAUGUAAAUAGACUAAAAAUAAUAAGUUGUUGUUUGAUAUUCAAAUUGUGUAAUUAGUUCUUAUUAGAGAGAAGAUAUUUUGUUGUUUA